CAAGUGGGGGCGGGCUGUACUUGAGCUGGUGUCACGCAGAGGGGCGGGGCGGAGCGGAGCAGGAAGACGGAGAAAGGAGGGAAGACAGGGAAGAUCACGAAGAAAGUCAGCAGGCCAAGGAGCAUUGAGAGCACUCAACGGGCAUCGAAGUAAGGACGGCGUCAUCAUGGCCUCGGUGUCCACUCAUGGAAACCAAGAGAAGAGUCCCCACUUGCCACCACUGAGCAAACAGAGCCUGCUGUUUUGCCCCAAAUCAAAGCUGCACAUCCACCGAGGAGAGAUUGCCAAGAUUAUCCGAGAGUGUCAAGAGGAAAGUUUCUGGAAGAGAGCUCUGCCUUUUUCUCUUAUAAGCAUGCUUGUCACCCAGGGACUUGUCCACCAAGGUUAUUUAGCUGCUAAUCCAAGAUUUGGAUCAUUACCUAAAGUUGCACUGGCUGGUCUCCUGGGAUUCGGCCUGGGGAAGGCUUCCUAUAUCAGAGUGUGCCAGAGUAAAUUCCACUCCUUCGAGGAUCAGCUCCGGGGCGCUGGUUUCGGUCCCGAGCAUAACAGGCACUGCCUGCUCACCUGUGAAGAGUGUAAAACCAGGCGUGGAUUAAGCGAGAAGGAAGGGUCACAGCCAUCUGCUUCCUAAACCAACCUGUCUGUGGUUUUCACUGAUUUCUAAACCUCUGAAUUUGUACACCUUUAAACUUUCAAGUGUACUUUAAGAUAAUAUACUUCUACUGAAACAGAAAAACCUUGUAAUUCUCGCGUUCCUUGGAAAUGCUUAUGGUGGAAGGCUCUCGACUGACUUCAGCAUGGCCCGUUCUUCUGUUCUUUAAGAACAUGUUGGGAGUCACCACACACUACGCAGGAAAUGGUUACACCCCACAUGGCUUAAAGCUUCCUGAGAGAAAUUUGAAUUUCUUUCAAUCUGCUUUUUAAUCUUUUUUUUUUUUUUCCAGUGAUUUAAGUUCUCUGGUAGGGAAGAGGAAUUAAUGAUAUAUGGGAAGCCAUGACCCAAAGAAAAUUCAUGUAUUAGAACUAGAAAUCCAGGAAAGAUUGUGUUUUAGUACUAGAAGUCCAUCCUCAAGUCUAGGGGCUGAGAUCUGUAACUCAAUGGAAAACAUUCCCUGUGAAAGGGUCACCAUACAAAGCAGCUUGGGUGCUCAGCGUGACUUGGUGGCUCAUCACAAUCAUGGAGCUGUAAAGUGCCCAUCGUCUGUAGGUGAUCUGUUGGGCUCAUGGGUACAUUCUCAUGGUCAGCACUCAACAUCGGCUUCUUUUUACCAAUUAUUUGUGGCCUCAGAGAAAAAAGACAACUUCCUAACCUGUUCUCCCAGGGAGCAGCUUACUGGAAGGAGAACCGGAGGACUGAAUUAAUCCUAAAAAUGAGAAACUCUUGGGACUUCCGGGAGCUCAGAGGCAGCCAAUGCGAUGGAUGGCACAGGUUGUACUUCUCCAGACAAUCUCUUAUUGGAAAGUGUGGUUCUUCCUUUUUGAAGUCUUUUUUGCUCUAUGACCGUUGGCUGAGCCCUGGGUGAAAGCUACCCUUGCGUCUCUGCAGCUUCUCAGGAAAAUGCUUUGUCUACAAACCACCAUUUAAAUAUGGGGUGGGGGUGGGGGGCUGCUUUUACUCAAUAUGUCUGCAAGCCUGGACCAUGGAGGUAGAAAGGGAAAUUUCAUCAGAGGUUAAUAUUUGAUGUGAAAUCAUUUCAUUUUAAGCGUCAACAACACUUGGAAGUCUAUUUUUGUGUGAACAUUAACUGAAUGCAAUGGAGUGGUUGACAGAGUUGAUUUUUAUAUGACAGUCAAUAAAAUCCUAUUUCUGAAAAUCAAAA